CGCUGGGGGCGGGCGCGGAGAGCGGUCACGUUUUCCACUAUGUGACAGCGGCGAGUCCGCGGCGGCGGCGGCGGCAGCGAGAGGCCCUGCAGGAUACGCGCUGCUUUCGGCCGUAGCGGCGGCGGGGUCGGCGGGCCGCGCGCGGAUCGUCCAGCGGACUGGUUAGGACGCGGCUCCGCUCUGCCCCGGAGCCAGCAUGGACGGCUGCACAGACCACACGCCCAGCCCCAGCGACCCCUCCGAGGAGCCCACAGAGCCCCGGGCCAGCCAGGCCGGCCUCCAGGAGGACGUGGACAUGAGCGGUGGCUCAAGCGGGAACGAGACCAGUGAGGACGGCUCGACGGGGCGGGACUCGCAGGGCAGCGGCUGUGGCGACAGCGGCCGGGAGCUGGGGCUGCUGGUGGGGCCACCGGGCUCUCUCCAGGGUCCAGAAACCUUUGGCCUGAUGAUGGCGAAGUCUGAACACCACCUGUCCACCAGCGGCUGCAGCAGCGAGCAGUCCACCAAAGCCGACGCCCACAAAGAGCUCAUCAAAACGCUGAAGGAGCUGAAGGUCCACCUCCCUGCGGACAGGAAGGCCAAGGGGAAGGCCAGCACCUUGGCGACCCUCAAGUACGCCCUGAGGAGCGUGAAGCAGGUGAAAGCUAAUGAGGAGUACUACCAGCUGCUGAUGUCCAGCGAGAACCACCCUUGCAGCACCCACGUGCCUUCCUACACCGUGCACGAGAUUGAGGGCAUCACCUCCGAGUUCAUCAUGAAGAACGUGGAUAUGUUUGUGGCCGCUGUGUCCCUGGUGACCGGGAAGAUCCUGUAUAUCUCUGACCAAGUGGCCUCCAUCUUUCACUGUAAGAGGGACGCCUUCUACAACGCCAAGUUCGUGGAGUUCUUGGCGCCCCAUGACGUGAGCGUGUUCCAUAGCUCCACCACACCGUACAAGCUGCCACCCUGGAGUGACCGCCCCCAAGCAGACUCUUUUUCUCAAGAAUGCAUGGAGGAGAAGUCUUUCUUCUGCCGAGUCAGCGUCGGCAAAAACCACGAGAGCAAGAUCCACUACCACCCGUUCCGCAUGACGCCCUACCUGGCCCAGGUGCGCGAGCAGCAGGGCGCCGAGAGCCAGCUGUGCUGCGUGCUGCUGGCAGAGAGAGUGCACUCGGGCUACGGAGCCCCUAGAAUCCCUCCUGAAAAGAGAAUUUUUACGACCACACAUUCGCCAAAUUGUCUGUUCCAGGACGUGGACCAAAGGGCCGUCCCUCUCCUGGGCUACCUGCCCCAGGACCUGAUCGAGACACCCGUGCUCGUGCAGCUGCACCCCAGCGACAGGCCCCUGAUGCUCGCCAUCCACAAGAAGAUUGUGCAGUCUGGGGGGCAACCCUUCGACUACUCCCCUCUCCGGUUCCGCGCCCGAAACGGGGAGUACAUCACGCUGGACACCAGCUGGUCCAGCUUCAUCAAUCCCUGGAGCAGGAAGAUCUCCUUCAUCAUUGGGAGGCACAGAGUGAGGCUGGGGCCUCUGAACGAGGACGUGUUCUCUGCCCCGCCGGGCCUGGAGGAAAAGGCCCCGCAGCCCGGUGUCCAGGAGCUCACAGAGCAGAUCCACCGGCUGCUGCUGCAGCCCGUGCCCCACAGCGGCUCCAGCGGCUACGGGAGCCUGGGCAGCAACGGGUCCCAUGAGCAUCUCAUGAGCCAGGCCUCCUCCAGCGACAGCACGGGCCAGGAGGACCCCCGCCGGAGGAGAGCCGAAACUUGUAAAAAUGGUAACAAGGCCAAAAGCAAAAGUCAUUACCCUGAUGAAUCUGGAGAACAAAAGAGCAAGCCUGCUUCAGAAAUGCAGAGCGGUUCUCCGACUCCGAUGAAAGCUGCUGCGGCUGUGGAGAAGGACAGCUCUGGGGCCAGCCUGCCCGAGGCCACGCCUCCCGAGGAGCUGGCCUGCAGGGACCCGCCAGCCGGCUCCUACCAGCAGAUCAGCUGCCUGGACAGUGUCAUCAGGUACCUGGAGAGCUGCAGCGAGGCGGCCACCCUGAAGAGGAAGUGUGAGUUCCCUGCGAGCCUCCCCGCGCCCCAGGCCAGCGACAAACGCCAGGCCCUCGCGGGCCCUGGGCCACAUGCCACAGAGGCAGCAUCGCCCCGCCCAGUGAGGAGCCGCACGGAUGUGAGCGCACGCCUGCCGUGGCCGGCGCUGCCCGGCGAGGCGGAGAGCGAGAGCGCGGUGUCCCCCAGCAGCCGGGGCAGCUACAGCAGCACCGCCGUCCACGUGGGCGACAGGAGGCCGCCGCCCGAGCCCGAGCCGCUGGGAGAUGCUGCUGCAAGCGGGCCCGAGUCUCUGGAGUGCCCGGCGGGCCCCGCGCUGCCCUGCGGCCUCAGCCAGGACCAGGAGGCCUUCCGGAAGCUGGGCCUCACCAAGGAGGUGCUGGCCGCCCACACCCAGAAGGAGGAACAGAGCUUCCUGCUGCGGUUUCGGGAAAUCAGGAAACUCCACGUUUUCCAGUCUCGCUGCCAUCAUUAUCUGCAAGAAAGGCCCAAGGGGCACCUGAGCAACAGAACUGCUCCCGGACUAAGAAAUACCUCUGGAAUAGACUCCUCUUGGAAAAAAACCGGAAAAAACCGAAAACUGAAGUCCAAACGCGUCAAGCCUCGCGACUCCUCUGGCAGCAGCGCGUCUGGGGGGCUGGCGCCCCAGCGCCCCCUGCUGGUUGGCCUGAACACCACGGCCUGGUCCCCGUCGGACGCGUCACAGUCCAGCUGCCCAGCGAUGCCCUUCCCUGGCCCGGUGCCAGCCUACUCCCUGCCCUUGUUUCCAGCCCCGGGAAUAGUGACCGCACCAGGGACCGUGGCCACAGGGUCGGGGGCUGCCCACACCGACCUCGCGGUGCCCGUGGAAGCCCAGCAGGUGCUCAGGGUCCAUCCCCCACCGUUCACCAGCCCCUUGGCCCCGGUCAUGGCGUUGGUCUUACCCGGCUACUCCUUCUCCCCAGUGACCCCAACCUUGCCCCCAGCCUUCUUCCCAGGCCAGCUGAACUUUGUGUCUGAGAUGCCUCCUGCCUCACAGCCUGAGUUCUUCCCCGAUCGGACCUCAACCCCCAAACAGCCAUGCCCGUGUGCCCCGGCAGAGCGGGGGCCGCCCGCGUUGCGCGUGGCCACCCCAGGAACCCCUCCCCCGGCCGCCGGGCCCCCAGACAGGACCUCCCCGGCGCUCUUCCAGUCCCGCGGAAGCUCACCACUGCAGCUCAACCUGAUGCAGCUGGAGGAGGCCCCUGAGGGCACCGCGGCGGCCACAGGAGCUGUGGGGACCGUGGGUGCAGGCGCCGACUGCAAGCCUGGCUCGUCCUGGGACUGGCAGCCCAAGUCACCUCCGACUUGCAAGGAGCCAGCAGAUGCCCCAAACAGCGACGCCCUGUCCUCGUCCAGCGGCCUGCUCCGCCUGCUGCUGCACGGGGACCUCUGCUCGGCCACGGGCUCCUCACUUUCCAGGAGCCAGGCCUCUGCCACCUCCUGUUCCCUGGGCUCAGGUUCCCUGGGCUGCGAUGCGUCCGGAAGUGGGCCAGGCAGCAGCGACACGAGUCACACCAGCAGGUAUUUCGGAAGCGCGGACUCUUCGGAGAAUAACCCCGGAGCAGCAGUGAAGGCGGUGGUGGGCGGGCCUGAGCGCCUGCUCAGGUGUGUCCUGCAGGACCCCGUCUGGCUGCUGGCGGCCGACACGGACGACAGCGUCAGGAUGACCUACCAGAUGCCUGCACGAGACUUACAGACAGUCCUGCAGGAGGACAGGGAGAAGCUGAAGGCGCUGCAGAGGCUCCAGCCCAGGUUCACGGACGUGCAGAAGCAGGAGCUGCAGGACGUCCACCCAUGGAUGCGGUUGGGCGGCGUGCCCACGGCCAUCAACGUGGCGGGAUGUGUUUACUGUGAAAACGAGGCAGAAGACAACCUCUGUGUGUCAUGUGAGGAAGACAUCCCGACACCAGGGCUCAGCGAAGUGACAGAGACCAAAGAGGAGGAGAGUGGACCCCCCCGAGGCCCAGAAACGAACGGCAGGCGCAACCCACUUCCCCAGGGCGGCAGCACCGCCAGUGACGUCCGCUUGCAGGUGCUCUGAGGGGGGGAAGGCUCUCGCGCGUGUCUCCGGUGAGACGGACAGAUAUACUUUCGUGGCUUUUUUUGUUUUAGAAAAAAACCCAUAGUUUUCUGAAGGGGUGAUUUAAAAGUAUAGAGACAUUUGCAAAGAAAUGCUAUUUAUAUUUAUGAAUAAAAUACAAAUAUAGGGUGUAAGGGGACAGGGGAACGAGACCUUCACUAACUCGAGAAACACUGCCUGCCUCUUUGUGUCGGGAAAGCAGCUGAGCGCCCCCAGGAGUCCUCGGACGGGCCGUCCCAGGUCUGCUGGCUCCCGUGGCCUGUCCCAGGCGUGGCCCAGGCUGCGCCCACCAGCCCGAGGGUCCCAGGGACUCCGCGCUGAGGAGCAGUGGUCCAGGGCUCGCCCAGCGUUUGUGUUUGUGUUUGGAUCAGAUCAAAUUCUGUCCUCUCCGGGGGCAGCUUUUUCUCUGAAAUAUUUAGUCAGACUAGAUGUUUUUGAAACCCACCAAGUGGAGAUCACAGCCUCUGCUUAUUUUCUUUCAAAAACCUCCUUUUCAAAACGUUUCGCAUUAAAUGAUGUAGUUUGACAAACCCACCGCUUCAGCUCCCAGUGCAGUGCAGCAAACGUUUCAUCUGACGGAGUGUACGUCCAGGGCGAGUAAAGUCGAACUGCUCGCUCCAGAUGAAAGAAGCCGACAGGUUCCUGUGACCAGCCCCACCAUGGAAAUUACACAUCCUUAGAAACAUGACGCACACCCUUCUGGGUGUUGCUGCAUCAUCCGUGCAUCCUGUUCAGACCAGGAUGGCCCACGUAUCAGUGAAAACAUGCUGCUGGUCAUCCCCUUCUUGGCACUUGGCCCUCCUAGCCAGGCCGUGACCGCCACGUUUGGAACUCAACGCGUGUUGAUCCAUCGUUGGCACUUCCCAGGCGUCAGCUCUGGCCCAGCCAAGCCAGCCACUCCUCCUGGCUGAGCUGGGCGCCGAGUGUGUGUUUCCCAGGGCGCCCGCACCUUUUCAUGAGCCUUGGCUCACUGAUGCCGCUUCCGGUCUCUGCGGUGACGUCCCCUGCUGCCGCUGGCACUUUCAGGUAAACAGGACACCCGGGAAAGAGUGAGACCAGACUGCUCACCUUUUUGCAAAACCUCAUAUCGCAUCGUAUAUCCCAAAGAUAGCUUAGAAAAAAUGUUAUACUGGUCCCUGGAGUGAAUGAGAAGCUGCCCGUGAAGAAACGAUUGACUUACAGUUGCAGAGUCUGUAGCAACUUCAAAGAAAGCAGCUUUUCCCCCUCUGCCCAUCCUUUGAUGGAGAAGCAGCUCCUAGAAUAGGUGAAGCCUCCUUGUAAUCCAGUUGGUUUUCAUAGUGAAAUUAUUUUAUGCCUGAAUAUCAAUCUUACUUUUCAUAAAUGCAAAAAGUUUAAUUAUUUUUUUAAACGUAAAAGCAAAAGCUUCAGAUCCCCGAGGCGAGGUGUAGUCCGUGAGUGUGUGUGGAGAUCAGAUGCUACAAACUGCUUCUUGCCUGAGUCAGAUCAUCAAGGGACAGUCAAGGUUGCAUUGACUUUACCUGAACUGCCAAAAGGUUCUCUCCUGUUACUGAAUGUUUACCAUCAGCAUUAUCUUACUGUUUAUGUCUGUUCGUUGAUUAAGUGCCGCGUAGCUUCGGCGUGUGCUGAGAAGUGGACAGUACGAGCAGCUUGUGAAACCGUUUACAUGGUGCCAACACGCGUCCAGUCUUGUUUUCUCUAGUGUGAGUGCUUACAUGGGUGUUAUCAAGACUUCUUCUCAAUUUUAAACUGAGCCUUCUUUUUAAUAUAUUCCUGAAAAGGUAUGUAAAUAAGCUCUCAGAGUCUGUGUAACAAUACGUCAAGCCUUGCCGGACAAGUGGUUUGUUUAUGCUCAAGCCAGACUUUCUUCACCCAGUGCAAUAUGUUUGUUGGACUGCUUGUGUCUUUUUAUGACUUUUUUGCCUUUUAGAAAAUUGGUAAAUAAAGCAAGUAUAUUUUUA